AUGUGUCCUCUAAGGGCUGCUGCGUCUGGUGUCUUGUGCUAUCACGUGAUUUAUGCUCGACUGCCUAACAUGGAAUCCUAUUUCAGUGAUGAUAUUAAUACUGAUGAACUGGGGCUCAAUGAUGACGACGACAAUUCCCUUCCGCCAAUAGAUCAAACCCUUAGAGAGAGAUUUACUGCUGUGGAGGAUGUCACUCCUAUUGGGGAACCUAAGAUUCUGAUUCCGCUUUCAAACAAACCAACGGGUGGUCUUUCAGUCUUAGAAUUUGAACACGUUGCUGAGCUACCUGACUAUCCUAGGUCACAUCUACAAGGCUAUGCUUAUAUGAUUGAUCUGAAGGGUAUUGCAGAAGAUGAUGUCUCUAAUCGACUUAAAGCACACCAAUAUGGUCAUUAUCGCCAUGGUGGGAGCCAUAAUAUCUAUAGCCCUGUCCUUGGCUGUGAUGUUAAAAAACGAUAUAUGCGGUGCUCUGGGGUUAAAAAGUGUAUUAGAGAGUACGAACAACAACUCGAAGAAUACGAAACCCUAUCGAAGCGCCGCCGGAAGGCCGCCGACCGACCCUCGUCCCAAUCAGGAUCAGAUUCAGAACGAGAACUAAAGGGACUCCGCGAGAUCAAGUUUAAAGAUAUCGAUAAUUUUACCCUUGAUUUCAGUCUUCAAUAA